GUGCCCGGCUGACAUUAUCCGAAGCGCAAUUAUGCGCAUAUCUGUCAGAUGGAGAUACUUUUACAGCUCGCACACAGAUAAUAGAACGAGAGAACCAGAGUGAGACUGAGCAAGAGUGGCGGCCUAUCUUAUCGGACUUUGUGCGCCGAGCGCUUAUCACAUGGCCCUUGACACACCUGUCCGCCGCUCCCCCGAUCCGCGCUCUUGUUUUUCCAGUCGGCGAUAACUCUUGGCCAAAAGCUAGCGACGCGCCAUGAUAUGACAGUUGGCCUAAGACCUUUUCAUGGAGCGAAUGCCUAGGACGGUGCUUACAUAUCCACGGGGAAAUACCGCAUUCUUCGACCACACAAUGUCGAAUAUUCCGCCCUACUUGGUGUUCUUCUUCCUGGCCUUCGUUUCCUGUGCCGUCACCUUCUGCUGCCUGAGAUUCUGCAUUUGGGUGUGCUUCGAGGCCAGGGAUUCCAGGAGACGCAGCCGCAGACGCAGACGCGGACAUGGCCGAAAUAGACUCAACGACCCGGAGGAUCCAUCCUCGAACCACUAUGGCGACAUAUUCUUCAUUGAGCCCGGCAGCGUGGAGGCCAACCGCAUCCGCGAUCAACUGGAAAAGGAUGAGAAGGAUCUGCCCAGCUACGACGAGGUGAUGCGCAUGUGCAACCUGACCACCCCCACAGCAGCGGCGGCUGGAAUGCCUCUUCCCCAAUCGCCCCUCGGCGAACCCGGUCCCAUUGGAAUUGCGGCACUGCCGGCUCCACCGUACUCGGAGACAGAUCCGCAUGCCGCACCCGCCGGAGGAGCCACUGUCAUCGCGAUGGAAUCGAUGGAGCCAUCCACCUCCCGCGCGGCACAGAUACCACCCAGCAGCUCCGGAUCGGGUCCUCCUGCUCCAUUGCCAACGACAACGGUGUGAUCCGUCAGAACUAUGGAGAAAUGGAACUGAAGCAUUUGCCGUGCCACUCUGGGCCACACAGAUGCCACUUUGUGUGCGCUUUCAGUAUAGAAAUGAACUUGUGUGAUCUUAUUGCGUACAUAACUAUUUAAGUUCUAGAGAUUAGGAGUCGCAUACUGUAAAUACAUAUUUUUAGGACAUAGGAUGAAAAUUAAAGUGAGUUAUUUAAUUGAAA